AUGGCGACCAAGCGGAGCGUGGGCACCCUGACGGAGGCGGAUCUGAAGGGGAAGAAGGUGUUCCUCCGCGCCGACCUCAACGUGCCGCUGGACGACAGCCAGAAGAUCACCGACGACACCCGCAUCCGCGCCUCCGUCCCCACCAUCAAGUUCUUGAUGGAGAAGGGCGCCAAGGUCAUCCUGGCCAGCCAUCUGGGACGCCCAAAAGGUGUCACUACCAAGUACAGCUUGAAGCCUCUUGUCCCGCGCUUGUCUGAGCUCCUUGGAGUUAAUGUUGUUAUGGCCAAUGACUGCAUUGGUGAGGAAGUUCAGAAGUUGGCUGCUUCUUUACCAGACGGAGGUGUUCUGCUUUUAGAAAAUGUUAGGUUCUACAAGGAGGAAGAGAAGAAUGACCCUGAAUUUGCCAAGAAGCUGGCAUCUGUUGCUGAUCUCUAUGUAAAUGAUGCCUUUGGUACGGCACACAGAGCCCAUGCUUCAACAGAGGGAGUUACCAAGUAUUUGAAACCUGCUGUGGCUGGCUUCCUUAUGCAGAAGGAACUUGACUAUCUUGUUGGCGCUGUUGCCAACCCAAAGAAGCCAUUCGCUGCAAUUGUUGGUGGAUCAAAGGUGUCAACGAAGAUAGGGGUGAUUGAGUCUCUAUUGGCUAAGGUUGACAUCCUAAUCCUUGGUGGUGGUAUGAUAUUCACAUUUUACAAGGCCCAGGGAUAUGCUGUAGGCAAAUCUCUUGUUGAGGAAGACAAGCUUGAACUGGCAACUUCACUUAUUGAGAAAGCCAAGUCAAAGGGGGUCUCACUCUUGCUUCCCACUGAUGUUGUAGUGGCUGAUAAAUUUGCUGCAGAUGCUGACAGCAAGACUGUUCCUGCAUCAUCUAUCCCUGAUGGUUGGAUGGGCCUGGAUAUUGGCCCUGACUCCAUCAAGACUUUCAGUGAGACUUUGGAGACCACCAAGACUGUCAUCUGGAAUGGGCCUAUGGGAGUUUUCGAGUUUGAGAAGUUUGCAGCUGGCACUGAUGCGAUCGCCAAGAAGUUAGCUGAAAUCACUGCUAAAGGCGUGACAACCAUCAUUGGAGGAGGAGACUCUGUCGCUGCGGUCGAGAAGGCUGGGCUGGCGGACAAGAUGAGCCACAUUUCGACUGGUGGUGGUGCGAGCUUGGAGCUGUUGGAAGGCAAGCCCCUCCCAGGUGUCCUUGCUCUUGACGACGCGUAG